AUGAGUAAAAACCACUGUACUGCCUUAGCAAUACAUAAUUCUUAUUUAAACGACGAUGUUAUUAAUGCAUUUUUAGACAUCGUAAAAUUACAAACAUCAUUUAUUCCACAAAACGUAUUAUUUUAUCAAACACCACUUAUGUAUUCAGCCGUUGAGAACGUGGAUGAUUUUCAAAUUUUAUAUGAUGGUUCUAUUGGAAAUGAUGCUAUUGGGCAUUGGCUAUGUGUGUAUUAUCGUAAUGAAACUAAGUGCGUAGAAGUGUACGAUAGUCUAUACCAUACGCUUAAUGAUAAUUUAUUUGAGAUUUUGGAUAUUUUAUAUCCUUCAAAAUCCAAUGUUGUGUUUAAGUCUGUUAUAAAACAGCCAGAUGGGUAUUCAUGUGGAGUUUUUGCAAUUGCAUUUGCUACAUCACUAAUAUUUGGACGUAAUCCAUCGGAUGAAUGUUAUAUUAUCGAUUACAACAAUAUGAUAUGUAAAACCUGGACGUUACGUAACCAUUUAAAUAACAUAUUAGUCAGUACAUUAUUACAACCUUUCCCCACUCACCAUUCACAUGUAGCCCAGAGGCGUAAAAAGCGUAAAAGUAUAAUUAAUAAAAAUAUCAGAACUGCUAUGCAAGGUAAUAAAAAAAAUAUUGAAUGGAACAAUAAAGAAAAGUCUGCUUUUAAUUAUUCGCCAAUUGUAGAUUACAAAAAUAGUAGACACAUUAAAAUUGGACUCAUGGAUAAAUUGUGUAAUUUUUGUGAUGCUUUAAAAUGGUCUGCGGAAUCCCCAGGACUGUGCUGUUCGAACGGUAAAAUUAAAUUACAAUCUAUUGAAGAUCCACCAGAACCGUUACGUAGUCUUAUUUUUGGUGAAAAUAUUACAAAAUCUAAAUCUUUUCUGACUGCAAUAAGAAAAUAUAAUUGUGCGUUUCAAAUGACCUCUUUUAGAGGAAAACAAAUUUUACAUGAUAAAUUCAUGCCAACUUUUAAGAUACAAGGGCAAAUAUACCAUACUGCAGGCAGUUUAUUCCCCGUGCAUUCAAGUGAACCAAAGUUUUUACAAAUAUACUUUGUAGGCAAUGACAAUUCCGAAGCUGAAUUCAGGCAUAAAAAUAUUCCUAACAUCGACCCCAUAAUUGUAAUCGAGUUACAAAAAAUGCUUCAUUUACAUAACAAUCUUAUAAGAUCUUUUAAGGCUGCUAUAGAUUCACAUGAAAAUGAAAAUAUGGAAAACUUAAAUAUAGUUAUACAUGCAGAACGAGUAACCUAUGGCAAUCAUCCUGGACGUUUUAAUGCACCUUCAGUUAAUGAAGUCGGUAUCGUGAUAGACGGUCAACAAUUCGAAAAGCGUGAUAUAGUUCUUAAUGGUCGAAAUAAUACGUUGAAACGUAUUAAUGAAUUACAUAGAUCAUAUGAUGCCCUACAAUAUCCUCUCAUGUUCUGUCGUGGUGAGGACGGAUACAACAUAGCUAUUCCGAAAUUUGAUCCCACGAAAAAUCAAGCAGAUAAAAAAAAUAUGUCAGCAUCUAGCUUUUAUUCGUAUAGAAUCAUGAUACGGAAAAAUAAUAGCAACUAUUUACAUUAUUUUCGUCAGUUAUUUAACAUGUAUUUGGUAGACAUGUACGCGAAAAUUGAGACAGAACGUCUAAAUUUUAUUCGCUAUAAUCAAUGUAAACUACGUGUAGACAAUUAUAUACAUUUACAAGACUCUAUCAAUAAUGAAAUUGAUCCUAAAGAUAUAGGACAAUUAGUUGUUUUGCCAUCCUCAUUUACAGGUGGUCCAAGGUAUAUGCAUGAAAGGACCCAGGAUGCUAUGACUUAUGUAAGAUUAUAUGGAAAACCAGAUAUAUUUUUAACAUUUACAUGCAAUCCAAAUUGGUCUGAAAUACAGGAAAAUUUAUAUCAAGACCAGCGGCCACAAGACAGACAUGAUUUAAUUGCCCAAUGGCAAAAACGAGGUUUGCCACAUGUUCACAUUUUAAUUUGGUUGGAAAAUAAAAUCCGACCUGACGAUAUAGAUUCCCUUAUAUGUGCUGAAAUUCCUGACCCAAUACAAGAUCCAAUUUUACACGAAAUAGUUAGAAAAAAUAUGAUACAUGGUCCAUGUGGUUCAGAUCAGGCUACAUUUUCUGUAGAAAAACAAAGUAAAGAUGAAAUAACUUCAUAUCAAUCUGGUAGAUAUGUUAGUUCUUCAGAAGCUGUAUGGCGUAUUUUAUCUUUUCCUAUACACGAGAGAUAUCCAUCUGUUUUCCAUUUAUCUGUUCACCUGGAAAAUGGUCAACGAGUGUAUUUCACAACAAAUAAUGUUACUGAAAAGAUAAGCAAACCACCAACAACUACUCUUACAGCAUUUUUUGAACUUUGUAAAACUGAUAGUUUUGCAAAAACGUUAUUAUACCACGAGGUGCCAAAAUAUUACACUUACAACAAUUCAAAAUUCAACAGAAGAAAACGUGGUAUACUUGUUGAUGGUUAUAAAGGUAUAAUGAGAGACACGACAAUAGGAAGAGUAUACACCGUGCAUCCGAGUAACACAGAAUGUUUUCAUUUGCGUUUAUUACUACACACAGUACCUGGCCCAACCUCAUUUAACCAACUUAAAACGGUAAAUGGACAAUGUUAUUUGACUUUUCAGUCCGCAUGUUUAGCUUUAGGUCUUCUAGAAGACGAUAAACAUUGGGAUGAUACUAUGUCUGAAGCAGUUCUAACAAAAAAAUCAUCACAGGUUCGAAAUUUAUUUGCUAUUUUAAUAUCUUUUUAUUUAGAGUUAGAUUUCACAGCCCACGCUCAAAAUGAGGCAUUAAUUUCUAUAGAAGACCAAGUUUUAUCGUGCAUAGGAAAAUCUUUAUCAGAUUUUGGAUUGCCAAAACCUCACAAAGAUAAUAUACAAACCAUAAGUCGUGAAUAUUUACAACAAACAAACUACAACAUCACAGAUUUAAUGGAAUAUGUUAAUAACAACAAAACUAUGAUGACUUCAGAACAAAAUAAUGUGUUUGAUCAUGUCAUUAAUUGUGUUGAGGAGUCAACAGGUAAUAUUUUCUUUUUGGAUGCUCCUGGGGGCACUGGAAAAACAUUUAUUAUUAAUUUGUUGUUAGCAAAAAUCCGAUCAUCCGGUAAAAUUGCUAUAGGUGUGGCAUCAUCGGGAAUAGCAUCAACGUUAAUCCACGGUGGUAAGACUGCACAUUCAAUGUUCAAGCUACCAAUAGACUUAAACAUUACCAAUACCCCAGUUUGUAAUAUAAAAAAAAAUUCACCAUUAGCCAAAGUAUUAACCGAUUGUGUACUAAUUGUGUGGGAUGAGUGCACAAUGGCUCAUAAAUCGGGCGUAGAGGCUUUAGAUCGAACAUUACGGGAUAUUCGGUCAUCAGAUAAAACUAUGGGAGGCAUCACAUUAGUAUUUGCGGGAGAUUUUAGACAAACAUUACCGGUUGUUCCACGGGGAACACGAUCUGAUCAAAUAAAUGCGAGCCUAAAAUCAUCUACGAUUUGGUUGAAAGUAAAAAAAUUGUCUCUUACUGUAAAUAUGCGAACCAAAUUAACAGGAGAUAUACACGCAGGAGAAUUUUCUACAUUACUCUUAAAUAUUGGCUGCGGAACUGUAAAUGAUAAGGAUGGAUACAUAACAAUUUUAAAAAAACUAGCAGUAUCGACAAAUUCGUUGGAACAACUGAUACAAAGUGUGUACCAAGAUAUUGGGAAUUUGAAAAAUCUGAAUAGUGAAUGGUUAUGCGAACGCGUUAAUUUGUAUGUAAAUAGAGAAGGAGAUAAAUGGAAAUAA